AUGACCGUUGCGAAAGAACUCUCAUUAACUGGUGAAGAAUAUAUGUGGAUAAUGACAUCGAUUGUACUCUCUACGUAUACGAGUGCGAGCGAAGGCAAUCAUAAAGUGUUACCAUAUGAGAGUCCAAACACAAGAAAAAUGGAAUUUCUACCGGGAAUGCUAGCCUUAUAUACUGAGAUGACUCGUAAUGCUGUGUUAGCUCGUAUCGAUCGCCAUAUAGCGCCACUGAUUAUUAAUGUUUUAUCGAAACUUACUAAUCAUCCAGCAAUAAAACAAUGGAAAAUUAAUGGUUCGACACGUUAUGAAACAGCUAGAGAUUCAUCGAAAUGUAUUAAAUUAUUUAAAGAUAUUCAAAGAUCAGUUCAUUCAUUUCCAGAAAUACACAAGUUAAUUGCUUUACAAAGUACAGUUUAUAUACAUAACAUAGUUAAUUAUUUUAGAUUGUUGAUCGAUGAAUUUAAACGUGCACCAAGUAUAUUUCAAAAAGAUGGUUUAUCUCUAGCCGGAAACUAUUCAUUAUAUAAUUUUCAAAUGCCAAAAAAAGAAUGGAAAAGAGUUGGAGAAUAUAUAAAUGGAUCAUUAUCAAUUGCUGAUUUGCAGUGGCCGGCAAAUCGUUCAAAACCACCACCAGGCAAUCAAGCUAAUUACAGUGAUCCAAAUAAUUAUCGUUGCUGUUCAGGUUUUUAUAUUGACAUAUUUAAUGCAUUAAAAGAACGAUUAAAAUUUGAAUAUGAAUUAUAUCAAGUACCAGACAAAACUUGGGGUGCACGUGAUCCUGUGAGUAAUGAAUGGAAUGGUCUGAUUGCUGAACUUGUUAAACAUCGUGCUGAUUUAGCAUUAACAUCAUUAAAAGUAACAACAGAACGAAAUAGUGCUGUUGAUUUUAGUGUACCAUUAAUGGAAACGGGAAUUGCAUUGAUUGUGGCAAUGAGACCCGGAGCGAUUUCAACUACUGCAUUUUUAAAACCGUAUGAUUAUCGAAUAUGGAUACUCAUUUUAUUAGUAUCACUACAUGGUGUGGCAAUCUCAGUUUAUUCAUUUGAUUAUUGUCAAAAAAUAUAUACCGACAUUCGAAAACAUAAAAUAACGAAAGAUAAAAGAUUAUUACUUAAUUAUUUUGUUGAAAUUGUUCGUCCAACACAUAAAGCUGCAUUUAUGAUAACAAAAGACGUUUACUUCGAACUAACUGGUAUUAAUGAUGUUCGGUUGUCAAAUCCAUGGACGAUGAAACCCGCAUUUCAAUUUGGCACAGUUAUCAACGGAAGUACAGAUGAAGUGGUUAGAACAAAUCAUAAACAAAUUUAUUCGUACAUGAAACCAUUUAUGAAACGAAAUGUAUCGGAUGGUAUCAAAGCUCUAAAAUUAGGAAGUUUACAUGCAUUUUUGUACGACGCUGUUGUUCUCGACUAUUUGAGUGGACAAGACAAUGAAUGUAAAUUACGUGUUGUUGGAAAUUGGUAUGCUAUGACUGGCUACGGUAUCGGCUUUCCAAAAAAGUCUAAAUUCAAAGAUAUGAUUGAUAAACAAAUAAUUGCAUUACAUGAUUCAGGCGAGAUUGAAAGAUUAAGACGAUUUUGGUUUACGGGUGCAUGUAAAACAAACGAUGAUCAUCAGUCUCAGAGUAGUAGUCAAGCAUUAGGUACACGCAAUUUCAUAUCGGCAUUUUUAUUACUAUCUGCUGGUACCGCUUUAGCAACAAUUAUAUUAUUAUGUGAACAUGGCUAUUCAAGCUUUUUAAGCUCGAAAAAAUCAAAAUUUUUAAAAUCAAAGUUUCAAUAUCAGCCAUCCAUCACUCGUACUUCGAUAGAAUCGGCUAAUGAAUAUCAGCCAAUGAUUAAUUCUCAAAUGAAUGAUAAUGAUCGUUUUCAAACUAUGAAAAAACGUGAAUCAUUUUUACUAACAAAAAUUUCUGUAUUAGAACAACAAAUCAAAGAAUUGGAAAAAAGAAAUCAGUCUGACAUGCAACUUCAACAUUCAAUGUCAAACUAUAUUCAAUCGUCAUCAAAUGUUAAACUAAAACCUAAACUGGAAAUUGAAAAUGAUGAAAAACAACUUCUAUUACAAAGUUCAUUUAUUGAUUCGUUUCAAACUACUAAUGCUAACAAUAAUUCUAAAAUUUCAUCUGACAACACAUAUCUUGUAUUACCGGUUCUUUAUACACACGAUCCGUUAACAUCGUUUGAAAUUGUCAGAACGCCUCAACAAAUGAUCACUUCUGAGAGUACUACAUUAAGACCGGUAUCAACAAUUUAUUCAGAGGAUUUACCAUCAAACAGAACUAGUAACGAAUCAUUCACUAGCCAUAAUAUUGAACCUAUGAUACCUAGAAUAACAGUAUACGAAAGUGCUGUGUAA